AGAGCCAUCAUCACUCCAACCGUGUCAUCUCCUCCGGGCCAUUUCUUCACACCGAUUCGAUGUUUUGAAGUGUCUAACUUUGAGCCGAGUUAUAGAUAUCCUCUCUGGGACACCGUUAAUCGCCGUUAGCCGCUCCCGGUGAAGAAUGUCAGACUUCGACAGCAACCCCUUCGCGGACCCGGAGCUCAACAGCCCGUUUCAGGAUCCAUCAGUAACACAAGUCAGACAAACCACAGCUGGGGGGUUGGAGGAGUACAAUCCCUUUGCAGAUGCUAAACCAACGCCCGCGGGGACGGCCCCCAGAGCCCCGGGCCCUGCUGUCAGCACGCAGCCCGCCAUCAUGAAGCCAUCAGAGGAGCCGCCGGCGUACUCGCAGCCCCAGGGCCAGGAGUCGUCCCGAGCGGCUGCCGAGCUGCUGAGGAGGCAGGAGGAGCUGGAGAGGAAGGCUGCAGAGCUGGACCGGCGGGAGAGAGAGAUGCAGACGCUCAGCGCCUCCGGAGGCAGGAAGAACAACUGGCCCCCCCUCCCAGAGAACCUCCCGGUGGGUCCGUGUUUCUACCACGACAUCAGCGUGGACAUCCCCGUGGAGUUUCAGAAGACGGUCAAAAUCAUGUACUACCUCUGGAUGUUCCACACCGGGACGCUGCUGGCCAACCUCAUCGCCUGCCUGUCCUGGUUCUGUGUGGACGGGACGCGUGGCGUGGACUUCGGCCUGUCCAUCCUCUGGUGUUUGCUCUUCACGCCGUGCUCGUUCGUCUGCUGGUACCGGCCGCUGUACGGAGCGUUCAGGAGCGACAGCUCUUUUAGGUUCUUUGUUUUCUUCUUCGUCUACAUCUGCCAGUUUGGGAUCUACGUCAUUCAGUGUAUCGGGAUCAAUGGUUGGGGCGCGAGCGGCUGGAUCUCGGCACUGACUGGGUUGAACAAGAGCGUCCCGGUGGGCAUCAUCAUGAUCCUGGUGGCCGCUCUCUUCACCUCCCUGGCCGUCAUGUCUCUCAUCAUGUUUAAGAAGAUCCACGCCCUGUACCGCACCACGGGCGCCAGCUUCGAGAAAGCCCAGCAGGAGUUCGCCACGGGGGUCAUGUCUAACAAGACCGUCCAGACGGCGGCGGCCAACGCCGCGUCCACGGCCGCAUCCACGGCCGCUCAGGGAGCAUUCAAGGAGCAGAUCUGAUUUGUUCAGGUCUUUAACCCCCUCCCUUUGAAACGCAUGGACAGCCCCCCCUCAGCCUUCAAGCAACAUUAAAGUGGUUCCAGUCGGUCAGUUUUUUUUUUAUUCCCAAGUUGAGCGCAGAGCCGGUGCGAGGCGCCGUGGAGCCCGUGCUGCCCUCCGCCGGCCGGCGUGCUCGCUCUCCUCUGUGUGUUCCUGUGUGCAUGUGUGUGGCCAACCUCAUGAAUGUUUGUGUGCCUUCCUGACGGUUUCCUCUGAGGUCACGCAGGCGAUUCCCUCCUCCUUCCUGAGGUGCUUCUUCCUGCUUUUAAAAAUCUAAUUUAUUCCCGUUGAACUCUGCUGACCCCUAGUGGAGAGAGUCUGUAUCGCUGAAGGUAAAUGCUGUGCAUUUCAGUUCAAUGCCUUGCUUUCUAAUCAACAUGUCUCAGAAUCAGGUCAAUAAAGGCGUGUCUUAAUUUUCCUUAAGUGCUGCUCGAUUUAAUUCAGAAAAGAUAUUAUUUAUCAAAUGAUCUCAAUCAUCAUGUGAAAACCUGUUAAUGUUAAUUACAGGGAAAAAUUCUACUUAUUUAAUCUAUAAUCUCAGGCUAGAAUUGGAUUUCUAAAAAUGAUUAACGUUAUUUUUUUAUUCUAAAAGAAAGAAUUGGGUAAAAGGUGUCUUGACACACAGAAAAAGUAUAUUUUGACAUACAAAUCAGUUUGUGUUGCGUGUAUUUAUCUGCUUUUCUAUUUAUUAAAUUGCUAACAAACUGCACUUUAGAUUUGCUCUCCGUUCUGUGUCGACGACGACCUUUUCUCCGUUGGUUUCAUCAUAUUUCUGCUGAACUCGCACAACUUUUGAAGAAUGUAACGAUCGCAGCUUCAUUCAGGACGCUCUUCACUCGCAUGGAAAGUUUUGGAAAAUGAAGCAGAUGAUGGAAAAAUCAUCGAUCAAUUCUUGCUUUCUGCUUUUCAAGUUUGACCUCCGUUAAAGCGACACACGGCGUCCUCUUCGUGUCCUCUUCAGGGCUUUUCGGUUUUAUCUGGAGCCUUCAUUCUUUUCUGCAACUUUCCUUUAAUUCUUUGUCCCACAUUUGCCCCCCCCUCUUAAGUUUGGACCUGUGCGUGCACGUCUGACGUUGAAGAACCCAGAAGUGCAGUGUGAACUAUAAUGUACUGUAUGUGAGCCUUCUGUGCCUGAUAAUCAAGACGUUUGGUAGAAACACUGAAUGAAUUUGAAGGAAAUGGAGUUCUUUGUAUAUCUUGUAUAAUUUAAAAGAGGGUUUGGUGUUUUUUUAAAGACGGUUCCACCUUCGGUUGCAUGUUUGUAGUUUGAGUUUUGUAUAUUUAUUGCAUUAACAGAUAAUAAAGCUCUUCUUCUGUA